CAGUCAUAGUCUACACAAUGGCCAUGUUCAUGAUCAUCAGCUGUUUUGCUCUUGUGGCCUCAGCAUUAGGGUGCGGAGUGCCUGCUAUCAAACCUCAAAUCAGUGGCUACAACAAAAUUGUUAACGGAGAAACUGCUGUAUCUGGGUCGUGGCCGUGGCAGGUUUCCCUUCAGGAUGGCAGUGGAUUCCACUUUUGUGGAGGAUCUCUGAUCAACCAGUACUGGGUUGUGACUGCCGCUCACUGCAGAGUGACUCCCAGCCAUCACCGUGUAAUCCUUGGCGAACAUGAUCGUCAGUACAACAGUGAGCCAAUUCAGGUCAAGAGUAUUGCCAGGGCCAUCAGUCACCCGUAUUACAACUCCCAAAACUUCAACAAUGACAUCACCCUCCUGAAGCUGUCCUCUCCAGCACAGAUCACGUCCCGUGUAUCACCUGUGUGCUUGGCGACAUCCAGCACCAACGUCCCAUCAGGAACCAAAUGUGUGACAACGGGAUGGGGCAGGACCGGCCAAACUUCAAGCCCACGAUACCUGCAGCAGACUGCCCUGCCUCUGCUCAGCCCGACCCAGUGCAAGCAGUACUGGGGUUACAACAGAAUCACUGAUGCGAUGAUCUGUGCUGGUGCUUCUGGAGUGUCCUCCUGUCAGGGUGACUCAGGUGGCCCUCUGGUCUGUGAGAGCAGUGGAGUAUGGUCCCUUGUGGGUAUCGUGUCCUGGGGCACUUCGAACUGUAAUGUGCGUGCACCGGCUGUGUAUGCCCGUGUGUCCUACCUGCGGAGUUGGAUCGACCAGAUUGUUUCUUCCAACUAAUGAGCAAAAUGUCCAAUCCUGCGUUUCACUGACAUCAGUGAGUGUCUGGUUAAUGAAGUUCCACUCAGCAUCAGCUGCCAUUUCUGUUGAUUAUUAAUGGUCACAACAAUUCUCUGCACUGAUGUGUUUGGUGCAUUUGGACGAAAAUCCUGCAUAAAGUUGAAUCCUUAAGAC